AUGAUUGCUUUGUUCUUGAUCUACUCGAUUGAGGGGGACAAGCAGAUGCUUGAGAUCCCGACUGAAAGUUUUGGAGAUUUUCUGAUUCGAAGCAAUGUCUUCUUUCUUCUCAAGUCAGCUUGCGUCUGGGGAGAGCUUUUACUGACAGUGCUCGCUGCGGUUUUUCGGUCUUUUCUCUCCAUGGCUCGCAUGGCGAGAGAUUCCAGUUUUCGACUGGAUCUCUCCCCCCAAGGUCUUGCUGCAAUUCAUGGUCAGAAACUUAGAGGUUUUCGGUCUCACUUCAUGCUCAGAGAAUUGAUCGAUGACUGUCACGGCUCGAUGAUACCAAAAUCGCAAUCUGAUCCACCAACACGUUAUUUCAGAGCACUUGUCAACAUCUUUCAUAGCUUGGGCAGUUCACUGACGGUUCAGCAAAUACUGCAGUUCUCUCGCUUCCACUUGGCCGCAACUCAACCACUUGGCACUUGUCCUUCUUCCUCUGGCCAACACAAGCAGCACUUUGGCACUUGCUCCUCUUCUCCAUUCGACAGACAAAAGUUGGACCUUGAGAAAAAAGACCCAUGCCAAUCUGAAACCAAGCCACUUUGUCUGCCUUUGCAAUCACUUCGGUACCAGUUGACUUCGAUCGCGGCUAACAGCAAAGUCUUUGCAGGCACUCGCCUCCUUCGCUGCUCCCCAACGCUUUCCGUCAACGAGGGCAUAGCCCAGGGACUACAACAAGAACUCGGCAAGUUAACUCUGAAUCCAUGCUCGACACUAGCCACAAGCACCUUCACCACAGCCUGGCUUAUACAUGAUGAGACUUCCUCACAAACCCAGGGGUUCCUCGACUGA